UUCGCGAACAGGAAAACAGUCUGCCGGCUGAAGCAAAAACAAUGGGACGGAAAAUGAAGGUGGUUUUAUUUUGACGGAUUACUUUUCUACUUCCUUUGACUGGAGCCCUGAACUUCAGAGGAAAAGCAAGAAGCUGUUGGCUAAGUAAUGCCUUGGUGGAGUUCAUAAGCAGAGAACACUAUGGCUUCACAGGAUCAGAGUGCAGGGUGCCAGUUAGUUCAGGAAGAGAUGGACGGUAUCUGCGUUUUACCAGACAUGACCAGCAUCAAAGCGGAGCACCAGGUGGGCGGCAGUGGAGAGGACGGGGGAACUCAGAAUGUGGCCAUGGGCAUAAAGUUCAUCCUGCCGAAUCGUUUCGACAUGAACGUGUGCUCCCGCUUCGUAAAGUCCCUGAACGAGGAGGAGAGUAAAAACAUUCAGGACCAGGUGAACUCCGACCUGGAGGUAGCGUCUGUACUGUUUAAAGCUGAAUGCAACAUUCAAACUUCUCCAUCUCCUGGAAUUCAAGUAAGACACGUCUACACACCAUCAACAACAAAACACUUCUCUCCAAUCAAACAGUCCACCACCCUAACAAACAAGCACCGGGGCAAUGAAGUCUCCUCCACUCCCUUACUUGUGCACUCUCUCUCCAUUCACCAGCUUGCAGCCCAAGGGGAAAUGGUGUUUCUUCCCAGCCGUAUUGAGCAAGAACCCGUGAUCAACCUGCAGGACGAGGAGGGCUUCACUCCACUCAUGUGGGCUGCAGCUCAUGGACAGAUUGCCGUGGUGGAGUUUCUACUUCAGAAUGGCGCAGACCCUAAUGUCCUAGCAAAGGGACGGGAGAGUGCACUGUCACUUGCCUGCAGUAAGGGGUACACUGACAUUAUGAAAAUGCUUAUAGACUGUGGUGUGGAUGUAAAUGAGUAUGACUGGAAUGGGGGGGCACCUCUCCUGUAUGCUGUACAUGGGAAUCACGUUCGGUGUGUGGAAGUCCUCCUCGAGAGUGGAGCAGACCCAACCCUGGAAACUGACUCUGGAUUCAACGCAAUGGACAUGGCUGUGGCAAUGGGGCACAGGAACGUUCAACAGGUGAUGGAAGCCCACCUGUUAAAGCUUUUGCAAGGUGUCACAGAAUGAAGAGGACCAGGGAAGAGAGAUUCAAGUUGCAUAUACACAAUGUGCACUUGCUGCAGACAACAGGGAGAAGUUUUGCAUGUUUUUUGUGUUUUGGAUAUCGAUUUCAAAGAUGGAUAGUUUUUCAUUAUGUGACUUCUACUUAUAGUGCAGUAUAAAGUUGAUGUCCCCUUCAGAAAUGUCUGAAACAACCAUUUGUGAAUAGUGGUGGUUUUUAUUUUUGAAUGAGUAAUCUACCAGACAGCAGGCAUCUCGAGUGUUAUUAAGAGUCUUCUCUGUAGAGGCUGUCACAAAUUGGAAUUCUUUUGCCUUGCUGUGAUUUUUUUAAUGAAAUCAGUUCAAGAUGGAUACGCUGCUUUUUCUUUUUCUGAAAGUUGUUUGAAAUGUGAACUUCCUGGGCAAACAUCAAUACUUGCUCUACAUUACUGAAUUAUUUAUUACUGCAUUAAUAAGUUGGUGGAUUGCCUGACCAGUGUAAGAGAUGCCACUGGAGCAGAGAUGAGGGCUGACUCCCAGUGGAUUCAAGCUUUCAGUGGAUUUUCUUUCACAAUUUUAGUCUGCGUUUUGGGGCCUCUUGUAUUUAUAAGGGUGUUUCUGUAGUUGUAAUUCAGAGAUUGUGUCAUACAGUAGUACUGAUAUCAGGAGUAACCUAUUACCAUUUGCUUAAUUUAUUACCUAUGCAGCUCACAAUUGUAUCAUGUUUCAUUUCAGAUUUUAUCAUAUAAGGCAAGAUGGGUGGGUUUCUCCUUAGCUCACAGUGAGCCACGUCGAAUAGAAAACCCACCACUGCAUUUGGCAACUGUAACUAAAAGACAGCAUGCUUAAUACAGCAGUUCAUGUUCAGAAAAGCAGUUAGUGAAUCAACUGUAUAGGGGCUUGUGUAUAAUUAGUACUGUGACUGUAGGUUUUGUUUUUAUGAUUUACCAGACAUGCUGACUUUCAGUAAAUUACCCAAUACGCAAAACCUUACUUCUACAAAACAGCAGGGUUUUGAGAGGCCAGUGAGCCUUGUUUUAAUAGAUACCUCUUUCUUACAUCUUUCUUGUGUAUAAAAAUUAUCAACUGUUUGUGAGAAAGAGGUGUGUCAUGUUUAAACAUUCAUCUGGUUUUAUUCUGUACUGGGGUUGUACCCUUUUGAAAUAGAUGUACAUUUUCC